UUUUCUAAAUAUUUUACUCCAUUUUGCACCCUUGAGCAGCUGUAGCAGUAGUAUAAUAUAGUACCAAAAUCUUGAAAUCCAAGGUCUAUAUAUAGUUUAACUUUUUUUUGUUGUGUUUGGAACAUAGGUAGUAACCCCUAGCUUCAGGGCAGCCUUAGAAAAGAAAAUGGCUGAUGUUCUUGAAUUUGGCUCCACUCCUGCGACACCAAAACAAGGCUCUGUCGCAGCAUCAUCGCCUCCUAUAUCAGCUCCUCCUUCACAGUUUCACUCUCCUUCCUUGUCUAGAUCACCACUGCUCUCCACCAGUGAUCAUGUUCAGCCUGCAAGCGCAAACAGAACGCCAAGGACCUCAACUCCUGCGACACCAAAACAAGCCUCCACUCCUGCGACACCAAAACAAGCCAAUGUCGCAGCAUCAACGCCUCCUAUAUCAGCUCCUCCUUCACAGUUCCACUCUCCAUCAUUGUCUCGAUCACCUUUGCUCUCUACCGGUGAUCAUAUUCAACCUGCAAGUACAAACAGAACCCCAAGGACCUCAACUCCGAAGAUCUCAACUCCAAGACUGCGAACACCUAGGUUUAUUACCCCUUUAGGUAGCCCCAUCAGAAGGGCUCUCAAACUUACUAAGCUAGACCCUCAAGAUGCUUGGCUUCCAAUCACUGAGUCCCGAAAUGGGAACAAAUACUACGCAGCGUUUCACUGUCUUUGCUCAGGGAUUGGUGUUCAAGCACUUGUCCUCCCUGUUGCUUUCACCACCCUUGGUUGGGCCUGGGGAGUCAUAUACAUGACCUUAACAUUUAUUUGGCAAUUGUACACUCUUUUUCUCCUGGUUCAACUCCAUGAAUCUGUAGAACAGGGCAUUCGAUACAGCAGAUAUAUGCAGCUCGCAAACGCUACCUUUGGUGAGAAGUUAUCAAAGUGGCUUGCGCUUCUCCCAAUCAUGUAUCUAUCGGCAGGGACAUGUAUUGCUCUAAUCAUCAUAGGAGGAUCGACAUCAAAAAUGUUCUUCCAGACAGUAUGUGGGGAGACAUGCAACGUCAAGACAUUAACAACUGUAGAAUGGUACUUGGUGUUUACGUGCGCUGCAGUUGUUCUGUCUCAGCUUCCAAACAUGAACUCCAUUGCUGGUGUUUCGCUAGUUGGAGCCAUCACUGCUGUUGGGUAUUGUACGCUUAUAUGGGCGGUUUCUGUCGCUGAAGGUAGGAUGCCUGGGGUAUCAUACAACCCUGUGCGUGCUUCCAGUGACAUAGAAAGGACUUUUGAUAUCUUAAAUGCGCUUGGGAUCAUUGCUUUUGCCUUUAGAGGUCACAAUCUCAUACUUGAAAUUCAGGCUACAAUGCCUUCAAGUGAGAAGCAUCCAUCACGAGUGCCCAUGUGGAAGGGUGUCAAGGUGGCUUAUGCACUUAUUGCAAUGUGUCUAUUUCCCCUUGCGAUUGGAGGCUAUUGGGCUUAUGGUCAAAUGAUACCACCAAAUGGGGGCAUGCUAACAGCUUUAUUUGCAUUCCAUGGAAGAGACACCUCAAGAUUUAUUCUAGGAUUGACUAGUCUAUUUGUCAUAAUUAAUGCAAUGAGCUCAUUCCAAAUCUAUGGAAUGCCAACGUUUGAUGAUUUGGAGUCAUUGUAUACCAAGAGAAUGAAGAAGCCAUGCCCGUGGUGGCUCCGAGCAAUAAUCCGCGCAUUGGUCGGGUACCUAUGCUUUUUCGUGGCAGUGGCAAUCCCAUUCUUGGGAAGUUUUGCUGGUUUAAUAGGAGGAAUAGCAUUGCCAGUGACAUUGGCCUAUCCAUGUUUCAUGUGGCUUAAGAUGAAGAAACCAAAGGUGUAUAGCUCAAUGUGGUUCCUUAACUGGGGACUGGGAAUCUUUGGUUUAGCUCUCAGUGGGGCUCUGAUUGCUGCUGGGAUAUAUGUUGUUGUUAGCACUGGUACUAAAGUUAGCUUCUUCAAUCCACAAUAAUUGAAUAUAGUGUCGUUAAUUUAGAAUGGAGUGAGAAAAAUUUGUAAUUCUAGGUAUGGUUUUAAUUUUUAUUUGUUCUUGUGUAAUUGUAAAAUUUAUUUUCGAAAAAGAAAAUAAAUAUAAUACCACAAUAUUAUUUUUUAAAAAUACAAUUCUCUCUUUCAAUAUACAAUUAUUUCUUUUUAAUAUUAA